GUCAUCAGUACAACGUCACUGUCACAUUUGAAGGUUAUGUUUUUGCAUAAAUAAACACCUUUUUUUUUUAAAUUAAUUAACAAAAACGAUGAGAUAACGUCCCAAAUUAUUUAUAAAAAUGAAAAAACUCACUGGAUCUUUCAGGUACACCCAAUGGGAUCCGUGGCUGAUCAUAUCCCAAAUCGUUUCGGUACAGUGCAUUUUGUAUUUCACUUUGGGGGCUUUACUUGUCGUUCUGGGGGCCCUCGUGGGGGAUACCAGGACUUUGGAUCAUAUUUUUGAGUAUCACGAAAUUCAAGUGCGAGAUGUUGGGGGCCAAAUAGUAAUAUCAGCAUUUGUACUUAACUCUCUUAUAGGGUCCCUUGUACUAUGGCACAUAGUGGAAAGGACCAAACAGUGCAUGGAUUUCAGUUGCACCUGGCAUUUCAUUCAUCUGAUAGUGUGCUGGUUUUACAACGGAAAUUUUCCCACAACUUUCUCUUGGUGGACACUAAAUGUGGCCUGUGCAACGAUCAUGUGUGUGUGUGCAGAGUUUUUCUGCUUAAGGACAGAAUUGGCUGCUAUACCAUUGAGUUUGGGGCCGAAGACCGAUUUGUGAGAAUGGAAGGGAGUUGAUUAAAUUUUAACAACUGUGAUAAUGGAAGAAACUCGUUUCUUUUAGGGAUUCAUAUAGUGCAGAUGUAUUUAAGAUUAUAUUAUGUUGUAGGAUAGAGUGUAAUUUUUAAUAAAGUGAAAUAGUGUUUGUAUACA